AAUACCUUCUCGGACCAACAACGACUGCCACUACUGGACCAGAACACCGACUGGGAUCAAUACAUGCGGCGACUUUAGAGUUUGCGAUUCGUGUUGCUUGCGCGGUUCCCUUCAGUCGCUACCUUGUACCCACCCGCGAGGCGCAUCCACGACUCAACGUCCCAUCUUCUGCAGAACAGCCACCGCAAACUCCUAUACACCGCAGACCAACACGCACGACUGAUCUCACGACGCGCAUCUGCCCAUUGAGGGCUUCACGGCCAUCAUGGAAGUCAUCAAGGGCAUUCAGAAGCGGUUACCCUCAUCGGAAAAUCUGCCGUCCCUCAAAUCCAUCCGAAACACAUCCUUCAAAGAAGCCUCCGAAAAGGUGACGCCUCGCCUAUCCUUCUUCAAGAAGCGACUACGACUUCGCGGCAACAGCAAAAUCAGCGUGCCGCUGUACCUGGUCCUGCUCUUCCCAUGCAUAGUCGUGAUUGUGAUACUGGUCCUCUUCGUACGGCAUCCAGACUCGCCAGGUGGCCGAUUAAUACCCUCAGGCGCGCCGCCCAGCAUUCGGAAAAUCAGCGAAAAGCAUGACAAAGUGUUUGUGAACGGAUGCUUGGAUCCGAAGAUUACCGCGAAAGAGAACCCGCGCGCGAACGCAGCAUUUGUCGUGCUGGCACGUAAUAAAGAGCUGGAUGGAGUCAUUGAGAGCAUCAAGAGCAUGGAACGACAUUUUAACCGCUGGUUCAAUUAUCCCUACGUCUUCCUGAACGAUGGAGAGUUCAACAGCACUUUCAAGGAGACGGUGCUGAACCACACCAGCUCGCCCGUCGAGUUUGGGCAAAUUGAUUCGAAGCACUGGGGAUACCCGGACUGGACAGACGCGAACGUCGCGAAAGAGGGCAUCCGCAAACAAGGAGAUGCAGCCAUCAUGUACGGAGGUAUGGAGUCCUACCACCACAUGUGCAGAUUCUACUCGGGAUUCUUCUACAAGCACGAACUGCUGCAGAAGUACGACUGGUACUGGCGCGUGGAGCCCGAGAUCAAGUACUUUUGCGACAUCACCUACGAUCCGUUCAUCCACAUGCAGCGCAACAACAAGACGUACGGGUUCACGAUUGCCGUCAAGGAGUUGCGAGAGACCGUGCCGAAUAUUUUCCGCUAUGCGUCGGCGUAUAAGCGAACGAAUAAUCUGACCUCGCAAGGUCUGUGGGAAAUGUUCGUCGAGCCGCAAGAGGGUUACAACCAGGACGGCACGCUCAAGCCAGGCGCCAUUCCCAAGGAAGAGAAGAAGAGGCUGGAAGAGAUUCGACUGGCAGAAUCAGGCGCUCUUCCUGAUAUCGAUCCCGAGGAGAUGGAAGGCGAGAAUUACAACAUGUGCCAUUUCUGGUCCAAUUUUGAAAUCGCCCGACUGGACUGGUUCCGGAGUAAAGAGUACGAAGAUUUUUUCAACAUGAUGGAUCGGUCUGGCGGGUUUUGGAUGGAACGAUGGGGCGACGCGCCAAUCCACUCCCUCGCCGCCGGCGCCCUCCUCUCCAUCAACGAAGUGCACUACUUCCGCGACAUUGGCUACCGCCACACGACCAUCCAGCACUGUCCCGCCAACGCACCGGCGCGACAGAUGGCGCGAGAACCGUACCUCGAACUCACGACCAAGGACGAGAAGGCGAGGAGGGAAGAGGACGAGUACUGGGCGAAAUGGGAUACGCCGAAGGAGAACGGCGUUGGAUGCAGGUGUCGUUGUGAUACAGAUAUUGAGGAGGUGGAGAAUAAAGAGGGGAGCUGUAUUCCUGAGUGGGUGGAGGUUGCGGGAGGGUAUAUUACGCCGGAGGGGCCGGGGAGUUGA